AUGGCACCGAUGCAAACUUCGAAAAAUGAUAUCUGGGCAUGGUCAAUGAAAAAUGAAGUUCGUGUUAGAUUGAUGUUAGGUGAUAGCGAAGUAGAACAUAUGGCACGUGAAGCAAUUGCAAAAAAAUUUGAUAUGAAAUCAGCUGAAUACUCAAAAUAUUGGGAUAUUGCGCCUUUAAUGAUUGAUUCUUUGACUGCCUACGUUGUAACAGGUAGCAAUUUGCCUGUAGCAGGCGUUCAACCGUACCAUUCUGUUAAUCCAAAUGCAUUAGUUAUGAUUUUACGAUUUUCAUGUUCAACAGAUAAUAGUUCACAGCAUGUUGCUAAGAUGAUUAGCAGCGGUGAAUAUGAAAUUGAAAUUGCAUUUUAUUUUGAUGGAUUCAAACAUACGUCAACAUCACUAGUAUCAAUCACAGCUGAGCAAUUGAAAAGUAUAUCUAGUAAGACAACUGCUGACGGUGGAAUGGAAAGUGCUCAACGAGUUGUAAUUGAUGCCGGUCAUUUCAAUGAGACAUGGUCGUCAGCAGAUUUACGCCCUGAUCGAAUUACGUCUGAACUCAGUAAAGUAUUUACGAAAAAUGCUUCCGAUACGGAACAACAUAUGGCAUCUGAUAAAUAUCUUAGCGUCGAUAAAGAAUAUUUGAAAGAAUUAUCUAGCAGCAGUUCAAAAGAAGGUGGUGCUAGUGUGUCCUUUCUCGGUAUUUCGGUUGGUGGUAACGGUGGUUCAUCCUCUUCCUCAAAAAAUUCAUUUUACGAUAAACUUGCACAGACAGAUCAUCAAAAAUAUUCUAAAGAUGAUGUUGUUAAGCUGCUCAACGAACAACAGGUUGAUUUCAGUUGGGAAGGUGAAAAAUUGAUACCAAAAUCAUUUCAAGUUUAUAAAAUGAGCGAUCUAACAGAUAGUUUACAAGUCGCUCUGGUCGCUAAACAAAUUACCAUUGAUAAGAAUCAAAAUGCGAUUAUACGACACAUUAGCACGAUGAACAGCCCAACAGCUACCGGAGAUUCGCGACCUGUGAGUAUUUUCCUCACUGGUGAAAUAAAAUUAUAUAGUGGCCGCACACAUCCGCCAGCUCCAUGGCUCUUUUGCAAUGGAUCAGCUGUUUCACGGGUUGCUUAUCAACGUCUUUUUGCGACGAUUGGCACAACGUACGGAUCGGGUGACGGCAUUACCACCUUCAAUAUACCAGACUUUCAAGGUAGAGUACCGGUAGGAGUCGAUUCACUGGGAUUGCGUAUGCCGGUGGCUGGUGGUUUGGGUUUAACAGGGGGGAACGAGACACAUUCAAUCACAGUAAAUCAAUUGCCUUCACAUUCACAUAAUCUUGGCACCAUUUCGAUGUCAUCAAAUGGCAGUCAUUAUCAUUCAAUCACUGAUCCAGGACAUAAUCAUGGCGGUAGAACGGGAGAUGGAGGUUUUCUAAAUGGAAACGGUAAAUGGCACGCAGGCCCGGAUGGUUGGAGAAUAACUCAAGGAACCCAUUCGCAUUCGAUUCCGACUGGAUAUACUGGUAUAAGUAUACAUUAUGCCGGCGACCAUCUUCACACGUUGUCUGGGCAAACUGGAUCGGUUGGAGAUGGCGAGAAAUUCAGUUUAAUGCAACCAUAUCAAACGGUGAAUUAUAUAAUAUACACUGAUUGA